GUGUUGGGUCAAGAUUAAGCUGUAUAUAACUGGUUUGAUAUUUAAAAUUUUAAUUUCUCAAACUGGGCAAACAGAUUAUCAGGAAGUUUUAUCAAAUUUUAUUUGAAAGGAUUGUUUGUGCUUUUUUCUGUAUAAAAACUUUGAAGCAUUUUGAGAUAGGCUAUCAUUUAUGUUAUUGUUCAACUUGUCAAAAAGUAGAAAAAGAAUUAUCCAGUGCUACUGCUGUAUAAGAUGAAGUUAGUAAGGGAAUUUUUACUUAACACAAUAAUGGAGAACAAGACUAAAAGAUCUAACAGAAGUAUGAGUUCACCUGCGGGUGGCGGACGCCAGACCAACAAGAGCGGAUGGCUGCGGAAACAGGGUGGUAUGGUGAAAUCUUGGCAUCGGCGCUGGUUUGUUCUGAAUGCUGAUUACCUGUUUUACUUUGCCAAGGAAGAUGAUGUCCGGCCCCUCGGCAUGAUCUACCUUCCGGGCAACAAGAUUAUACAGCACCAGGCUAACCCAGAGGAGCCCGAUAAAUUCUUGUUUGAACUGAUGCCAGAUGCAGUGACAUAUUUUCUUGCAUCAAAACUGGUAGACUUAUCAUUAUUUAAUGUGAAACUAAGCAGAAAUCCACAGAGAAUGGCACCAAAUCAUGAAACGUUCUUGCUGUCAGCUGCUAGUGAUGCUGAGAGACAGGACUGGAUCAAGGCCAUUAGAAAAGUCAUGUUCUCCUCAAUAGGUGGUGCAAUAUUUGGAACACCAUUAGAGGAGACAAUGGAAUUUGAGAGGACAAGAAGUAAAAGGAAAGUGCCACUGAUUAUAGAAGCAUGUAUAGAGUUUCUUACUGCACACGGCCUAGAAAUUGAGGGAUUAUUUAGAUUACCAGGACGGAUGCUUCUUGUACGAGAUCUGAAAGACAGAUUUGAUGAAGGUGAAACUGUUAACCUUGAUAUUGAAGAAAUUGAUGUGCAUUCUGUGGCAUCAUUGUUAAAACAGUUUUUGCGGGAACUCCCAGAAUGCCUCAUUCCGUAUAAAUUCUAUCAACAAUUUAUGAACAUAGCAAUGAAAUUCCAGGGGACAAAAUGUGACAAUAAUAGAAUGGAACAAGUGAACAGUCUCCGAGCAGGAAUGGCUGAACUCCCGCAGGACAACUACAAUGCACUGAAAUACCUGUGCAAUUUCUUGCAUAAAGUUGCCGAUAAAACAGCAGUGAACAAAAUGAGUGCUCAAAAUUUAGCCAGGGUUUUUGGACCAAACAUAAUACGACAUCCGCAAAUGGAAGACAAUCCAGAAAUGUUUAUGUUGACUACAUCAGAUAUAUCUGAACAGUUGGCUUACAUGAUGAUCAAUUAUGAUGAAAAAAUCUUCACUAUUGAAUUCGAUACUGGAAGAAAAUCUGCUCACGUUGCUGUUGAUGAUUUACUAAGACUUGAUAGUGUAUCAUCUGAUAGUGGUAUUUUACAACCCGAGACACAGAAUGGUGGGACGGGAGUGCAGGACCUUUCCAACAUUAGGUUUGAGCAUCCCAGAGAUAGGCGAGCAAGGUCAUUCAAAGGAGACUUGGUUGUUCAUACGGAAUUAGCGAAUCAUUUUACUUUAGACCUGACAUCACCCACGGAGCCAACUGUUACUUCUCCACAUUCUGCCGAUCAUUCACCAACUACCCCACAUUCAGCAGUGUUUUCAAAUCAGCCAACUCUUUCAUUUGAUGCUGAUGGAAAACCUAUUCCUCCAAUUCGUAGAAAGUACACUAGAAAACAUAAAGAUGUUAGUGCUCAAAAAAGUAAUGAAUCUAAUUCUUCAGAAGGUAGUUCAGAAAAUUCCAUAGAUGGUGCAGGGGAGAAUUUCCCUCAGUCAAAUGCAGUGACUUCCUCUUCUAGUGAACCAAACACAGCCAUGUUAGAACUUCAACAAAAGCUGGAGACAUUGACCGCUGAUUAUAACUCAUUAAAAAUGCGAUACAUCAAUCUUAAUGCAUCUAAAUCGAAAGCUGAUGAAAGUGUGAAGAAGCUGAGUGCAGAAAAUAGCAAAAUUCAGUCCCGUUAUGACGAGCAUAUUAAAAAACUUGAAGCAAAGCACAAAUCGCAGAUAGAAGAUCUGUGUAAAAAAUUAGAUGAUGAAAAAACAGGUAGGACGGACGCAGUGCAAAAAAUCGUUGAGUUGCAGAAGACUAUUCACAACUAUCAGAUGCAUUAUGGGGAUAUAAAAGACAAGUUACCUCCCUUGUAUCAGUAGGGCUAAAAUCUGUCUUUAUCAUUCUUAGGCCUGCCUAAGGAUACCAUAGGUUAAGAAUUUCAUACUUAUUUACUUAUUCAUAUGCAACUGUCACAACUUGAAUGGUGAGUUAUGUUAACUGAAAGUUGCUGGAUAACCUAAAUACUGUAGCAACAUUUUGAAAGUUUAAUUAACUCAUUAUAUUACAAAAAAUUAUUUAAUUGAUAAUUCUAGAAAUAAUGUGUUCAGAAAUGUAAUGCUACCUACUGGUUAAAAGUUAUACAGCAGAUUAUUGAAUGGUUCAUAUCAAAAAUACUACUCUAUGUAAGUGGUAAUUUUAUAUGGCCAGUUGUGUGUUUUUAUAAAUACAGAAAAGGAAAUUAAACGAUCCUUACGUAUUUUUGGAAAUAAGACUGUCUGUUGCCACAUAUGAAUUAGUUCAGUUACAAUGGCAGUGAGUGAGGUUUGUGAUAAUUUUGCUGUGUUAAUGAUUGUUACUGUUUCUGAUUUUACGCUCAGUUGUACAAAGUAUUUGGAGAGCUGUCCAACUCUUGUUUGCUUCCAUAGCUUUGUUAAAGUUUUGACAAACUUUCAGUUUAUCUCUGUUAUUGCUUGAUGGAUUUGUUUACCCAAUAUCAUAUAACACAAGGGCAAUUACUCUUGAUAAAGUCAAAUAUCGCUGUUACUAUUAAAGCUAUUGACUUGAAACUUAAAAUAGUUAUUUAAUAUCAAAGUCUACACCAGGAGAAACAAUCCCCAUAACUCUGAUUUGAAUUUUGACAGAGUUAUGCCCCUUUUUAACUUAGAAUUUUUUUGUUAAAGUUUUAUAAAGUUUUUACUGGUAAAGCUCUAAUUCAGAGUCGAGCACUGAGAAAAGUUAAGCGUGCUGUCUUACAGACAGCUCUUGUUACAUUAUCCAACCAAAACUGUUAGUAUAUCUUUUAAUCAUACAUUUACAAAAAGGAGUGAGCUUUUAAGUCAUUUGUAACAUAUUUUCAAUUAUUUUUAGCUCGUCUGAUUUUUUGAAAAAAAAAUUAUGAGUUAUUGUCAUCACUUGAUUGGCAUCAGCGUUUGUGUCAGAGUCGGAGUUGCCUGGUUAAGUUUUAUGUUUAGGUCAACUUUCCUCCUAAACUAUCAAAGCUAUUGCUUUAAAACUUACAACACUUGUUCACCAUCAUUAGCUGACUCUGUACAGCAAGAAACAUAACUCUAUCCUACUUUUUGCAAGAAUUAUGGCCCCUUUUGGACUUUGAAAAUAUCAGAUAUCUUGGUUGAGUUUUAUGUUUAGGUCAGCUUUUCUCCUAAACUAUCAAAGCUAUUGCUAUAAAACUUGCAACAUGUGUUCAUUAUCAAUAGCUAACUCUGUACAGCAAGAUACAUAACUCCAUCCUGCUUUUUGCAAGAAUUAUGGAAAAUAUCAGAUUUCUUGGUUAAGUUUUGCGUUUAGGUCAACUUUUGAGCAGUUAUCCGCCAUUAAAAGCUUACUUUGCACAGCAAGUAACGUAACUCUACAUUGCUUUUUGCAAGAAUUAUGGCCCCUUUUGGAGUUAGAAAAUCAUGGGUAGGACAAUAUUUCUAUUAUACAGAGACAAAAAAAAUCAGAUGAGCGUCUGCACCCCCAAGGCAGUGCUCUCGUUUUAUUUCAAUGCAAGUCCCCCACCCCCCUACCCCAUUUCAGUUGUUAUGAGGCAAUUUUCUCCUUACUGGCCCACCAUUUCCCCCAACAAACAGCACAGAAAGUAGUUGAGCAAGCUGUCUCCAGUGACAGCAUUUGUUUUAAUAUAAAGUUUAUUAGUCCCCUACUGGCUGAAAACCAGUUUCAGGGACUAUAGGAAUGCGCUUUUCCAUCAUUCUGUCAUUCCAUCCAUCCAUCCGCAGUUUCGUGUUUGGUCGAUGACUGCCAUCCAUUUUAAUAUUACUUUGCACAAAUGUUCCCCAUGAUGAGACGAUGUGUCAUGCGCAAAACCGGGACCCCUAGCUCAAAGGUCAAGGUCACAAUUUGAGGUCAAAUGUCAAACUUUAAGGUGUUCUUCAUGCAUGGAGGGAUUUUGAUGUAACUUGGCACAAAUGUUCACCACCAUGAGGCACCUUUUUGUUAGAAUUACGUCCCUUUGUUGUUACUAUAAAUAGAUUAUAUUGUACUGGCAGUAGGGAAAAAUCUAGACCACUUUUCUAUGGUACAACAUGCAUGUUACAUCCAAUUUUUAGGUGUAUUUUGACCUAUCUCUACCUGGUAAAGAGUUUCUUAAUUUCUGUUUGUUGUUACUAUAAAUAACUUAUAUGAUGACUUUUUUAUAAUUGGCCAAAAAAAUCCAUAUGACAACAAUUGUAGGUUUUUAUAUAUGCAAAUUUUAAUCCAAAUGUUUUGUUAUAAUAUAUUGUAUAUAUAGUACAAUAUUGUUUAUACAUUAUUGACAGAUAUCAGUUCAUUAUGUUAUACUGCAGUAGAGAAAAUUAGGUGCCUUCCAGUAGUGGACUUUGUAUUGCAUGGCAAUACUUCAUCCACUUGUUUUAUUUGCUUGAAGUGUUCAGUGAUUGCAUUUGUACCCUGCCAUUGGUGCUCAUUGUUUACUGGUUAAUUGUAAACUGUCGUGUUUAGUCGAACCCGUGUGUAAAAUCCAAGUUGUAAAUAGACAAGUCCACUCGGCUCUUGAAACUGCUUGUUUUAUUUCCAGUUAAUAAAUUUGCUUUGUAUUUAACCAAUAGAUAAAAACCACAUUGCAAAUGAAGACAGAGUUUGUCACACAACAAAUGUUGGGCUUUAUAUACAAGUUUGGAUGUGGUGUAAAUCUGUUAUUGUAUAAGAUGCUUUGUAAUGUAUAUGCUAUAGCAUGUGUAAAAAUUGUGAUGCAGAAUUGUGUGGAAUAACACCAUAUAAUGACUUGCUGUUUUGACAGUAAACCUGUUUUUGAGUUACUAUUUUUAGUUUUGCAAAAUUGUUUUGUUUGUAGUUGGACUGUGAUUCAACAUUAAGUGAUAUUAAACUAUUGGCACUCCUUUUCCCAGCAGAAGAGAAAUAAGCCUGUUAAUAAAGAGAAUUUAUCGUCUACAUUUUAAUGUGUGAACUGUCCAUUUUUUUCCAAAUGGAAAAAUUAAUUUUCCUUCAUGAAAAAUAUGCUUUGAUAGAACUAGAAUCCAGUUUUCAAGGUAGUGCCAUGAAAUAGACCAUUAAGAUAUUUGUGAAAAAAUAUUAUAAUAUCUAAACUGCAUGUAAAUCAGUUCUUUCUUUGCUGUACUGUGUGACAUACAUUUUUUUCCCUAUCCACUGGUACUUGGGACCAUACUUUAAUAUAUCAUAACAGUUGGACUUGUGUGAUGUCCAAAUGUACCUGUUGAUCACGGAUACACUUGAUUCACAAACUAAAACACUUUACAGAUUGGUUAUUUAAAACAGUCGAGUUCUUUUAGUAAUUCCCAUAGAACAUGCAAGUUACAAGCAAACAGAGUUUGAAUCCUAAAAAAAUUUUAUACAUCAAAGUUUAUAAUGUGCAUGUUUGUCAUUAUACAGAGUUUUGAAUUUUUGCAGACUUUACUAUUUAAUGUUUUUUUCAUGAUAAGAAAAUUAACUUCUCAUCUAAAUUCUGCAAAUAAAGAGGAUUUUACAUGAUAUAUGUUUAAUAUGUUCUAUUAUAUCUACAUUUUAAUUUGCAAUAAGGCUAAAAUAUAGUGUUUACUGUAACAGUUAAUUUCUGGUGUGUAGUUAAAAGAAUACUGUAAAAACAUGAAGACCAAUCAGUCCAGCUGCAAAAUAAUAUUUAAGAUACAGAACAUUAAUAUGUGAUUUACUGUACACACUAAAAACAUCACCUUUAAUUUAGCGCAUGAUGCUUAAUUUGUUUCCUUAAGUUUUUGUCCACCAUGCAUUAAUUGUUGGAGUAAACACAGUUAUAUUUUAAUCAUGCCUAUUUAAUUGAGAUUAAUGAUAGAGAAGUAAACCCAUUUAUAUAGUUACUGUUUUAUGAAUAUAAUAUAUUUCAGUAUUAAACAUGUACAAGUGUUUAUAUUUUAUUAAUGUUUUCAUUACAUUAAACUCUGUAUUUGAACAAUUAGAUAAAUGUUUGAACUGCUCACAUUUAAUGCUGCUAAAGAAAAAAGUUAUACAUACCUUUAUUUUAUUUAGUGUCAAGUAGGCAUAUUUAACCCUAAUACCUAAUACUGGUGUGUGAUGAAAACUUCUGGGGUCCUGUGUAGUUGUUGAGGUAGUGAAUAUCCGAGGCAGAACUUAGUUUUGCUAUGCAGAAGUCUUGCCUUAAUUGACUGUACCAUUCAAAUGUUACGUCUGGCCCUGAUAACUUCAGUAAAUGAGCCGUGCCAUGGGAAAACCAACAUAAUGGGUGUGCGACCAGCAUGGAUCCAGACCAGCCUGCCCAUCCGCGCAGUCUGGUCAGGAUCCAUGCUGUUCGCUAACAGUUUCUCCAAUUCCAAUAGGCUUUAAAAGAGAACAGCAUGGAGCCUGACCAGACUGCGCGGAUGCGCAGGCUGGUCUGGAUCCAUGCUGGUCGCAAACCCACUAUGUUGGUUUUCUCAUGGCACGGCUCAAAUAUGUAUAGCUAUAUAUUUUUCUAAUGUGCAUUACUGUUUAUAUUUGCCAUUCCCAAAUAAUAUUUCAUGUACAAAGGAUCUGUAAACAACUCAAUGUGCAAUCAAAUCAUAUAAGGCAUUUCACAUGAAAUAAUUGCCAUCGUUUAUGACUAGUAACUAAUGAUAAUCUAAUAUGUACCAUUAUUAAUUGUAAUAUUUUUUGUAGUUAGGCCGUUAAGUUUUGAAGUUAAUUUGUUUUUUGCACAUAAAUUUUUCUUGCACUUUUAUUAUUACAUAUCUUUACAAAGCAUUUUGUAUACUAGGUAUCGAUUUUACUUUUUUAUGCACUUACAGCAAAAUAUGCUGCAAAUGGCGGUUUUGGCACACUUAAUAUAUUUUGUAAUUAGGAAAAUGGUAUUUUCAGACAGACGGGCCUUUUCAUCACAUUUUACAGGCUCUAUAGCUUUGAAAUUUGUUUUUACCUUUAUUGCAAAGCUUGUAAUGUUCCGUUCAUGAUUUAUUAAGUUUAAUGUUUUAGUUCAUUCCAAGGUCAAGUAGAAUUUCAGCGCAACAUGCAGAGAUGUUCAAAAUGUUUUCUGUUGUCAUCCCAUCUGACAGUUAGUUACUUAAUAGCAUUGUAAGCAAGCCUUUUUGCACAGUUUUACCUUAUGCAUAGUUAAUUUUUCAUAUUUUUUAAUAUAAAUUUGUGUUAUUGUAGUUUUAGGCAUUUCCCACUUCUAAGGAAAAAAAAAUAUGGUGCCAAGUAAAUUCACACAUUUUCAAGAAAUAUUAGAAUUAUAAAUCACUGCAAUUUUAUAUUUCUGCUUGAAUUUAAAACAUUUUGCUCUGUGCACACUGUGGUAUCCCAUAUAUGGUGCCAGUGCCAGUGGUGAAGAAUGCACAGUUUGACAGACUCAACUAUACUGAAUACUGACAGUGUCGUUUGUUUACAAAUAUAUCAAAAUUGUCACCAUGUUCAGGAACUGUUUCAGAUAUAACAUACAAGUAAAGGUAACAAUACUUUGUUUAUAUAUUACUAGGGAUAUACAAGUUAUUAGAUUGUAUGUAUAGAUAUCUAACUGCUGUGAUAUGAUAUUUAUGCUUGAUUUUGUAAAACUGCCUGUAGAUGCUCCACAAGUUGGUUUAAACGUUCCAUUGUAUAUAUUAGUGCUUGUGUAAUUAUACCAUUUGAAUGUGAUCAACAAAUGCUAUGCAAUCUAACAAAAAUUACAAAUUUUGAAAUACAAACUACAAGCUUA